UUCAAAAUGGUGUGGAGGCAUCCGGAUGCUGUUCUCAACGAUCCGGAGCCUUCCGAGUCUGAAUUAAAUGAUGCCUUUCUUUCAGCCAUUCGGGGGUGCCCUUCCAGGGUUCGUCCUUUUCCCGAACAUUUGUUAGUGCUUUUAGGGGUUAGUAAUAUUUGGGCAAAAGUUGAUCGGGAUCCGGUGUUGAUGAGAAAUGGCCUUGUUAUGUCUGCUUUGGACUUCAUCAAGAGUGACGAUACGUCCGAUGUGGUUUUUGAAGAUGCUCCGACUGUUCCGGGUGAAAAUGUUGUUGUGAGGACCUCUGAGCAGAGGUUUGAGGGCUCGGGUUAUGUCAGUGUUGAGAAUGUGAAGGGUUUUACCAAGUCCAAUGUUCCCAAGCCUUCAACUCGCCGGUUAUCUCGUCGUUUACUGAAGGCUACUCCUCAAUCCACUUCCACUGAGCCAGUGGAUUUGAGUGAUGACAUCGAGGUUUCUGAGGAUCAGGCUGAGGCAGAGGUUGAGAAGGAGAAGGAAUUAGUUGUGCGUGGUAAGAAGGUUCGAGGGAAGAAGGGUGUUGCUACCCCUGUUCAAGAAUCGUCGAGCAGGGACGUUGAAGGGUUGAACCCUGAGGGCACUUAUGUGCCUUCUUGGUUGGUUAAGAAUGAUGACACUUUUAAGGAUGCUGCUGUUUGUGAAGAUGCUCUUAGUCAUCUUGCUCCUCCUUCCGUUCGUGAAGCUAUUGCUGAGAUGGAUGAUGACACUAUGUUAUCUCACAUGGUUUUAACUACUUGCAACCUUGCAGCCAUGCUUCCCCAAGGGAUUACACGCUUUCGCCAAAGAAUGCGGGAGUAUGAGGAUUUUUCUAAAAAGAAAGACAAAAUGAAAUCCUCCCUUGCAUCGAUGAAGAAGGAAGUGGCUGGGUUUGCAGAGAAGGAGGCAGCUUGGAAGAAGGAGAUUGAGGAUUUGAAGAAGAUGCAUGCCAUUGAGAUGGGUGACCUGAAGAAAAGCUUUGAAGCUAAUUUGCUGAAGUUGAAGGCUGAUCGAGAGGCCUUAUCUGUCCAGCAGAAGGCUUUUCGCGAAGAAAAGGAGGGGUUGAAGGCUUCCGUUGGUCAGGUGACUGCGGAUAAUCAGUGGUUGAUCGAGCAUGGGUUUCAGCAGGGAUUGAAGCCUGAAGGGUUGAAUGAGAAGGUUUGUGCUGAGGUUUUGGGCUCUUUGUCGAGGAAGAGGUCUUACUCCGGGGACAGUGAUGAUACCCUUUCCAGUCUGCCUGAAACCUCGAAAGAUGCUGGUUUGGAAACCUCUGCGGUUGGUGGUGAAGAAGGUGUGAAGGGGAAGAAGACAAAGAAAGCUAAAAAGUCUAAGGGUGAAGGUUCUAAGCCUUCUGGCAACUGA